UCGCCCAGCGUUUGCCCCGCAAUCUCAGCCACCGAGGCGGAGCGCCCGCCGCCCGAGCAGAGAGCGUCGACGUGGUUUGCUUUCCCGCUCCCGCUAAAAUUAAAUUAGGAUCGCGCUGCGCCGGGCCUGGCAGAAAAAGGAAGCUCUUGGAGCGAGCGCUCGCAAUGAAUGGUCCAAGCACACCCAGAUCUGGCACCCGCCCGUUUCCCCCCUGUCACCACCUCGGAUGGGGUCGCCUCAAGUGCCCGUGGAACCAGGGGGGGCUCCGAAGACAAGGAAUUGGACAGCUUGCCCGGAGAGGCUCUCCGUUAUGGUCUGUCCCUUUUCGUCGGUCUUCUUCCCUCUUUCCACGCUGCAGGAAGCCCAGCUAAGGAAAAAAAAACAAGCUAAAUCUCUGUCGGUCCCUCUGCCCGCCUGCCUGCCUUCAUCUGAUCUGUCUUAACUUUUCGGUUCCAUAGUGGCUUAUGGAGAGGCGGCUCUUCCCAUUCUCUUGCCGGUUCCUUGGUCUGCAGUUGGAACAUUUACCCAGAUCCGACGGACCUAAUGUAGACUGAGCUUUCACACCAGGAAGGGAAAGAUCUUCCUCUCCUUCUCUGACACUGCUGUCCUUCUCCUCUUUCAACGUGCAUUAAUGAUUCUUUCUGUGCCUGCAAGGCUGAAGGAGAAGUAGCUGCUCUUAAUCGCCGGAUCCAGCUGGUGGAAGAAGAGUUGGAUCGUGCCCAGGAGCGCCUGGCCACCGCUCUGCAAAAGCUGGAGGAGGCAGAGAAAGCAGCUGACGAGAGUGAGAGAGGUAUGAAAGUAAUUGAAAACAGGGCUAUGAAGGAUGAGGAGAAAAUGGAGAUUCAAGAGAUGCAGCUGAAGGAAGCCAAGCACAUUGCUGAAGAAGCUGACCGCAAAUAUGAGGAGGUUGCCCGUAAACUUGUCAUUCUGGAGGGGGAACUGGAAAGGGCUGAAGAACGAGCUGAGGUGUCUGAACUGAAGUGCAGUGACCUGGAAGAAGAACUCAAGAACGUCACCAACAACCUGAAGUCCCUUGAGGCUCAGUCAGAGAAGUACUCUGAAAAAGAGGACAAGUAUGAAGAGGAAAUCAAGCUUCUGACUGACAAGCUUAAGGAGGCUGAAACACGAGCUGAGUUUGCAGAGAGAACAGUUGCUAAACUGGAAAAGACCAUUGAUGAUUUGGAAGAAAAACUUGCCCAAGCGAAAGAAGAGAACUUGAGUCUGCACCGAACGCUGGAUCAAACCCUCAGUGAACUGGGCAGCAUAUAAAUCUGUGGGGGAAACACCCAGGCUUUGAAGGUCAAGAAAACCCCGUCAGUCAUGUAUGGAAUGGCAGCUUCUUUUCUGAACCCGCCUCUCUUUCUUUCUCUAACAUCAUGCAGAGCAAAUAUGGGACCAAAUCUUUUCUUCCCCACCUUUAAAUAUUAAGGCUUUAGGCACAAACUGGAUGUAGGCUUUUGUUCUCACCCUGCCCCAUAUGACAGCACAUUGUGAAACUGGAAAAGUUGUCUGCUUGUAUCUUUUUUUAUGUGGGUCCUCCCAAAGGUGCUAGGCGCAUUCAGUACUGGAAAAACACAAUCCAUGUGAUGUGUUCUGUUUAAAACUUAUUGCCAGUAAUGUGCUUUUCAUGGUGGUUUGCAGCACAAAACACAUUUGCCCUUCAAUGAUGUGGGUGAAUUCUCUGUGGUUGUAUUUUGUCCGCGGUUUCAUUAAGCAGUGCCACAGAAUCUUUUCUGCCUUAGAUUCCUGGGUGUUAAUGUGAAUAAGGGAUAUUUCCUUGCAAAAAUGUAACAAAAGACAAAGUAGCCUGCACAUUCCAUAGGUAGGUCAAGGCUGGAAACACAUUUCUAUCAGUACAACUGGAAAAGGGAACAUUCUCCCCCCCCCCUCCCCGCAUAUGCCCUCAAAAUCUCCAGAGCAGACGGCGGACGGGGGCACAGAAAGGGGGCGGGCAGGGCCAGACUGUUCUCGUGUGCAAAUGGGCUUUCAUUUGCAUAGCACUGGGUUCCACUGUGUGUGCCUCAAAGGUUGCAACUGUUUUUCUAGUUUACAGCAAUGUUCUAAGUGAUGUCCUUUUGGUUCAUCUCCUUGAAGAUUUCAGAUGCAGGGAAAAAAACCCCACAUUUUCCUGUUGGUUUACUUCAGUGUGCUCUGAUAGGAAAAGAGUUGCUUGUGUUUUUUUACUUCUGUAUUUAUUAAAUUUUGCAAGGUGGGGAAAAAUUACCCAAAUCAAUCUGUAUUAAACCUUUCUGGCUCCUA